UGGCGUGCUCUUGGCAGUAGCUCGUAACCCCUUUUCUAUCGGCUGGCAGCGACGCCCCUGCAGGCAGAAGCAGAGGCGAGGCAGAGGCAGAAACAGAGGAAGAAGAAGAAGCAGCACGGCACAGCACAGCACGAAGCGAAGCAGGCAGAGGCAACACAGAAAAACAGCAAAAGCAAAGCAUUCAUUGGAGUAGUUGUUUGGAUGUGGACGGAAAGGAAGACUGGCGGCGACUAACUUUUAAAAGCAGUACAUUGACAGGAGCAGCUCGGAACGGAACGGACAGGAUAAGCAGGAUAAAGAUAAAGCGGUAGAUUGAUUCGAUUUGGCGUAUAUACAGCAUAUAGCACACCAAUACACAUAUAUAUAUACAGCCUGGUGCCCAAGAAGACGGUACAAGGAUAACACCGAGCCAAGCAACCCACCAAUCCAGCAACCAUUCGCAGGCGACAACCCUACAGAAGAUGUCCAACGGCAAGGCGACGGUCUCGUUCUUCGAGAACGGGAGCACCACACAGUUCGAGUACUGCUUCCAGCUGUACCCGCAGGUCCUCAAGCUGAAGGCCGAGAAGCGCUGCAAGAAGCCGCAGGAGCUGAUCCGCCUGGACCAGUGGUACCAGAACGAGCUGCCCAAGCUGAUCAAGGCGCGCGGCAAGGACGCGCACAUGGUGUACGACGAGCUCGUCCAGUCGAUGAAGUGGAAGCAGUCGCGCGGCAAGUUCUAUCCGCAGCUAUCCUACCUGGUCAAGGUCAACACACCGCGCGCCGUCAUCCAGGAGACGAAGAAGGCCUUCCGCAAGCUGCCCAAUCUGGAGCAGGCGAUCACAGCUUUAUCGAACCUCAAGGGCGUCGGCACCACCAUGGCCAGCGCCCUGCUGGCCGCCGCAGCCCCCCAUCUGGCUCCGUUCAUGGCCGACGAGUGCCUGAUGGCCAUACCAGAGAUCGAGGGCAUCGACUACACCACCAAGGAGUACCUCAACUUCGUCAAUCACAUCCAGGCCACCGUGGAGCGCCUCAAUGCCGAGGUGGGCGGCGAGACGCCGCACUGGUCGCCGCAUCGCGUGGAGCUGGCCCUCUGGUCGCACUACGUGGCCAACGAUCUCAGUCCCGAGAUGCUCGACGAUAUGCCGCCGCCGGGCUCCGGCGCAGCCGCCAACGCCACCGGCACCACCACCGGCUCACUCAGCACAAACGGCAGCAGCAGCAAGGUGCUCGACGGCGACGACACCAACGACGGCGUGGCCGUGGAUCUGGACGACGAGAGCCAGGGAGCAGGCGGCCGCAACACUGCUACAGAAUCGGAGACCGAGAACGAGAACACCAAUCCGGCCGCCCUGACGCCUCUGCAGUCGGGCGAGGCCAAGAACAGUAACAGUAGCGCAGCUGCCGUGGGCGCCGCCCUGCAGGACGGCGACUCCAACUUUGUGUCGAACGAUUCCACCUCCCAGGAGCCGAUCAUCGACGACAACGACGGCACCACACAGACAACGGCCACCACGUCCACGGAGGACGGCGAGCCCAUAGCUCUGGGCAUUGGCAUUGGCAUCGGCAUUGGCAUCGGUUUGGCCGGCACACCGCUCGCCUCGGACUCGGAGAGCAAUCAGGAGGCGCCGCCCAAGACCAACAACCUGACCAUUCUGACGCCGAGCCAGCCGCUCAAAGCAACUACCAACCCGAUCACCAACAACGGCCAGGUGGCUACCUCGGCAGCCGAGGAGGCGGCCCCAGCGGCCCCAGCAGCACCACAAGCACAGCCAGCCAGCAAAACGACUGGAGGAUCAGGAGCAGCCGCCAAUGGAAAUGGAAACGGCAACGGCGUCCUGGGCGACGAGGAGGAGGACGAUGAGGAGGACGAGCUGGACGAGGAGGAUGAGAACGAGAACGAGGCAGAGCUGGAGGCUGACGAGAGCAACAGCAGCAACGGCAUUGUGAGGGACAGCAAACUGCAGCAGCUGGCGGCGAGCAAGGCAACCGAUGCAGUUUCGCCGGUGGCGCCGGUAGCGGUCGCAGUCGCAGAUUCGGCGCCGGCCAUUGGACAGAAGCGCACGGCCCUGCACUGCGAGAUGGAGCUGAAUAAUGCCGGCGGAGUGGGCGUGGGCGUGGGGGAGAAGUCGCCGGAGCUGAAGAAACUGCGCAGCGAAUGAGGCGGAGGCGGUGAGGAUACGAAAUGCGGAUACGGAUGCGGAUGCGGAUGCAGAAACUGGGAUCGGUUCGGCUCGCCGCGUAUCUGGUGGAAAGACAUAUGUAUGUAGUGCAGUUGAGUCGACAUAGAGACAUAGAGCAACAUUACCUACACUUUACCACAACAACAUUCAAGAAAUUCUACUAUUAAGCAACUAAUUAUACAUACAUAUAUAAUAUAUUAUAUAUAUAUAUAUACAACAUAUAACGAGAAGCAAACACCCAACACACACACUCCACUCUCAUACACACAACACCACACGACACACAAAACACCACACACCACACAAACCGACAUAAGAAUGUAGGAUCCCGAUCCAGAAAGCAGAAAGCAGACCCACAAACAACAUUUCAAUAGCAUAGGAAGCGCGCCAAGAUGAAGAAUCAGAUGAAUCUGAAGAAUCCGAUCAAGAAUCCGAAGAACAAGCAGCAACAGAGAGUUCAGAAUGCAGCGUUAACGUAAUAUUAUAAUUGAAACGAAAAGCAAAUGCAUACAUGAAUAGUAACUAUAAAACAAGAUCAGAUGAAAAUCGAUAUUUUUACACAGUCAAAAGGAACAUUUAAAUAUAAAGAAAUUUACAAAUGCCGCAGUUGCCCACUACAUACAAAAACAAAAACGAAAAAAAUGAAAACAAAAACGAAAAAAAAGAAACAAAACAAAACAAAAUGAUUAAGAUGGAAAAAACAAUAAUUAUAAUAAAACAGAAAAUUAAUUUAUAUACAUAAGUAUUUAAAUUUAAUAAUAAAUCAAAACUUGUCGCAUAAACCAAGCUCCCACCACCACAUCCACCACCCCCUCGACCAUCGACCCUGCAGCAACUCGCGCUCUCUCUCUCUCUCACUGAACACACGCCGCACACACACACACUCACACACACACUCUCGGAUGAAACAAAACAAAACUCAUUUCAACACUAAGAAAUUUUUGUGGUCGUAAUUAUAAUAAUAUAAUUUAUAUUUUAUGUGUACAACUUUUUUUUUAACUUUACAUAUACUGAAUUUUUUAUAAUUUAUACGAUAAUCACUUUUCAUUUGAUUUCCACGGAAGAAACGGAAGCGAGCACAAGAGAACUGCAUCUUAAUUCCCGAUCUCCGGGCGGUUUGGGUCGCCGUUCAGCGGGGGUUCCCCGACAUCCACGACCCACACAACCCGCAGAUCGGACGAGACUAUAAAAAAGAGGAACACAUCUCAAAAUUAUAAUCAUUUUUAUUAUUAGUAGCAUAAGUCCAAAUAAAAUGUGAAAUAUUAAGAGAACACUUCAUAAAACUGAAA